GAGCAUGGAAGGGCAACUUACUUCAAAUUGUUGGAAACUUUCCUAUCAGAACUGAUUAAUAAUAUUUUAAAAGUACUUUUUUGUAUAGUAAUUAAUAAAAAGAAGCAUGUCAGAUAGUUCAGAUGAUGAGGCCACAUUCGAUGAAGCCUUUGAAAGGUUUAAAAGAAUAUUUUAUAGAGAUAGAUGUGAAUGGCGAGAUGUUGUUCCCGUACCUCAGGAUGAUGGGCCAGAACCAAUUGUUUCUAUUCCAUAUUCAGAGAAAUUCAGAGAUGCAUACGACUAUUUUAGAGCAAUUUUAAAAUCAGGAGAGAAAUCAGAAAGAGCAUUAGAAUUAACUUUAGAUUGUGCUAAUUUAAAUCCUGCCAAUUAUACAGUUUGGACAUAUAGAAGAGAAAUUCUUAAAAGUUUAGGUAGCGAUCUUGAAAAAGAAUUAAAAUGUAUUAAUUUUAUGAUGAGAAAAAAUUCAAAAAACUAUCAACUUUGGCAUCAUCGACAAGUGAUUGUGGAAUUGUUAAAAGAUCCUAGUUAUGAAUUAGAAUUCACUGCAAUGAUAUUAAAAAAGGAUUCUAAAAAUUAUCAUGCUUGGCAGCAUCGUCAAUGGGUUAUUAGAACAUAUAAUUUGUAUGAUAAGGAACUAGAGUACGUUGAAGAAUUAUUAUUAGAAGAUGUGCGAAAUAAUUCAGCAUGGAAUCAACGUUAUUUUGUAUUGGAUAACACCACAAAAUUUGAGCCAGAAAUAAUAGAUCGUGAAAUUGAAUUUGCCAUAAGUAAAAUUCAUAUUGUUAAAGGAAAUGAAAGCCCUUGGAGUUAUUUGAAAGGAAUUCUCAAUAAUGAUCCAAAGGGUUUAGGCUAUAAUGAAAAAGUUAUAAACUUAUGUCAAAAAUUGUACUCCGAAGGAUGUAGAGUAAACCAUUUACUUGCAUGUAUCAUUGAUAUUUGUCAAGAAAGGCAUAAAGAAACUGAACCACCAGAUUCUCUAUUUCACGUUAAUAAUGCCCUUAAGCUUUGCGUGGAUUUAGCGGACAAAUAUGAUGUAAUAAGAAAAAAAUAUUGGGAAUUCAUAAGCGACCAAUUGAAAGAAAAAUUUAAUGUUUGUUCCACUAUGGUUUAAAAAUAAGUCUUAUUUGUUAUUGUUUUCUUUUUUACACUUUACCUUGAAAUAUUAAUUAUUCGAGAAUCAAAUUCUUUUAUACAAAGUUUUUUAUACAAAAAAAAUUUCGAUAAAUCUUAUAACAAUUUAAUAAUUCUAUAAUAAUACUGAUAAUAACUAUGAACAAAAAAAAAAAAUAUGUUGUGAAUGCAAAGUUGUGAAUUGAACAUAAUUUAUACACAAAAAAAAAUAUAUAUAUAUGUAAUAAUCUGUACAGAUGAAAUUAUUGCAUUUUAAUUGCAUGUCUAUUGUGUAAAAUGUGAUUGCAAUAUACGUGGUCUAUAAAAAAUUGUUA